AUGCGGUUAGUGUCAUUGCCUGAUGUCGUGAAAUUGAUGUGUAAGGCUGAGAAGGAUUUAGAAAGCGAGAUGGCUAGGAUGGAACGUGAAUGUGAUCAAUUUAUAAAGGAUAUCGAAAGGAUCAAUGGUAAUAUGUCAGAUCUAAUAUACAGUAAGGUUGGUCCUGAAGGAAUUGGCGAAAAGCAAGCAACUAAUGAAUUACAGGAGUUUAUAAAACAAUGUGAUCAAAUAAUUCAGUCCACUUCGAUUAAAGCUUCCAAGUAA